AGCUCUUCCUGUAGUAAAAAUAGACUAGAAUCGUGUGUGACUGUCCUAUUGUUACGUCAUCAGCUGUCACUUUGUUGUGAUUUGUGUAUCGGUCGAUCGCCGAGAGAAUUUCUCCAAGAGGAUACUUGGAUUAAUUGUCAAUUUACUCGAACAUUAUCAUGGCCACCGAUGAAACAACGGAUCAGACUGAUCUAUCUUGUGUAGAGGAGAAUUUGAUGAGUCUAGAAAAAUUAGACAGAGCGUCGCCUGAUUUAUGGCCUGAGCAAACGAGCGAUGAAGUUCCAGGUGUACACGAGUUUGUCGCUCAAAAUUCACCGCAGACAGAACCGUGUUCUUGGACAGCGAGUCUUACAACCGACGACAUGAAUCACUUGCACCAACUGGGUAAUUUAUCAAUGACCGGGCUUAUCUCGGAAGUGAAAAGACUGCACGAUUUAGCUUAUCAGCUGGGUCUAGAAGAGGCUAAGGAAAUGACACGCGGCAAAUAUUUGAAUAUAUUCAAACACAAAUAAUACAUUAUCUCGGAUAAAAUUUACGAAAAGUAGAAACUCGUGCAGAGGCAAUACAUAGCGAUUGUUCGAUAUUACCGUGAGGUCUUUGAUGAAACUUUAAAGAACAGUCGCCUCAAUAAUUAUCUAAGAUCCACCUCGUGUACCUCUGUACGUUCACGAAUGUAGACGGGAAAAUGGUGGUUGAGUCGCAGCUAGACCCAUAUGAUAGGACUCCGACCUGACGAAAGCAAGCAAACAGACAAACAGAAAAAAAGAAGUUACGCAUAUAUAUUACACACACGAUCGCGUGAGCCGCACACGUUCGUCGUAGUGUACAUGUGCUCGUGCUCGUGACUCACCAGGAAAUAUGUGUCCGUAUAUUUGUACAACAUAGGACUGCCGCUGUACCCGGAGCAGGGUUCGCAGCUUCCUGUGGCGCAUAAUUCGACGGACAGACCUUGGCUCAGGUAGUCCGAGCACUGCUGCUUAGGUACGAGUUUUAGCUGUAAUGACUGUUGCGUCGUUGGCUGCGCUACAACAGGGUCGCAGCAUAUGGACGUUGUACUUAAACAUCCACACUCUUACGCUUACUACA